AUGGCGCAAACACCCCGCCCUUCGCUUUCCAUCACACUCCCAACCAAUUUCGAGUUCCACUACAAUGACGGAAACCUACCCCGCACUCCAGAGCAGCAGCAAGAUGAGGUACAGACGCCCUUGAACCCGCCGCCACCACCUCGCCCGCAGACGUUCAAGGUUAAGCGGAGACGCGCAGCGAUACCGGAGCAGUUUCAGGAGUCCUUGUCUGACGUUCCGAUCCCAACAAUCGAGAUGUCGGAAGCUAUAGAACCAAUGUCGAGUCCAUUCCUUCAGCCGCAGGCAGCUUCGGAGGGCUUGCUUGCGCCGAUGAUGCCAAGCUUGCAGCGUAUGUUCACUCCACCGAAGACGCCAGCUCCGCGCUUGCCCACCGGCUUCGACAUGGAGGGAGACUCUCCUGCUAAUGAGUGGAGCCUCAUCGCCGACAGUCGAGACAAGCUGAGACCGACAUUUGAGCGCUCUGGCUCGGUCUGCUCUUCGUUCUCUGACUCUUCCGUAUCAUCUUACGGCAGCUCUGGUUUCUCACUUCCGACCGCGACCGGUAGCUGCACAAGCCCAGAAUCUGAUGCGACCGAUCCCUUCCUCGAGGAGGACCUGACCAAAGGUGACAAGCUUGACCUGUCUCUUGACUACGAAUCAUAUCCACACAACAAGCGUGUUAAGACUCACCGCGAUGUCAAGUGGACUCCAGCGAUGGAUGAUCACAUAUGGAUCACCUUCUUGUCCUACCUUUCUGACCCCCGAGUCACUCCAUUCAAGAUGCUUGCUGGCACUGCACCGCCGCUUGGUGUCUGCUUUCGUGUCGCUAAUAAGGCGAAGCGAACGUGGAGUGGGCGCAGAGCAAGUACGAGCGUAGACCUCCUGGCAUCCGACCGCUUACAGCGCGAAGACUCUCCAGAUACCAUUCGCCCAGGCACGUCGAACGCGAAGAACCCGCAGUGGCCACGCUCAGACGGCGCGACCCGCAGGAGGCUGCGC